AUGAUCUACAGGUCUACAAUACUGAACACAGGUGUUCAGAAUAUCCACCUGGUGGCUAAGUGGCUGGGUACUCUGGAGAAGCUUCUGGAACGCUACAGUGAGGGCGGUCACCAUGACUACCGGGUGUUCAUGAGCGCAGAGCCAGCACCCACCCCUCAGGAGCACAACAUCCCGCAGGGCAUUCUGGAAAAUUCCAUCAAGAUCACCAACGAGCCGCCCACCGGCAUGCUGGCCAACGUGCACGCCGCCCUGGACAACUUCGACCAGGACAUCCUGGACCACAGCUCGCGUGAGCAGGAGUUUAAGACCAUUCUCUUCUCCCUGUGUUACUUCCACGCUUGUGUUGCCGAGAGACGCAAGUUUGGGCCGCAGGGUUGGAACAGGAAGUAUCCCUUCAACACCGGUGACCUCACCAUCUCUGUCAAUGUCCUCUACAACUACCUGGAGGCCAAUGCACAGGUUCCUUGGGAGGACUUGAGGUAUCUCUUUGGUGAGAUCAUGUAUGGAGGUCACAUUACUGAUGACUGGGACAGAAGACUCUGCCGCACUUACCUAGAGGAGUAUAUGCAGCCCAAUCAGUUUGACAGAAAGUUAUCGCUGGCCCCGGGCUUCGUGGUUCCAUCCAACCUGGACUACCAGGGGUACCACUCGUACAUCGACGAGAUGCUGCCGCACGAGAGCCCCGUGCACUACGGCCUCCACCCCAACGCCGAGAUCGACUUCCUCACCGUCACGUCCGACUCGCUCUUCCACACGCUGCUCGAGCUGCAGUCCAGAGACUCCGCCAUGGGGGAGGGAGCCUCGCAGACCACAGAGGAGAAGGUGAAAACCAUCCUGGAUGACAUCUUGGAGAAACUGCCGGAAGAAUACAACAUGUCGGACAUCUCAUCUAAGACGGCCGAGCGCUCACCUUACAUCCUGGUGUGCUUCCAGGAGUGUGAGCGCAUGAACACACUCAUCCAUGAAAUACGACGCUCGCUCAAGGAGCUGGACCUUGGCCUCAAGGGAGAGUUGGCCAUUUCCUCUGAGAUGGAGCAGCUGCAGACAGCCCUGUUCUUUGAUAACGUUCCCGACACCUGGACCAAGCUGGCAUACCCAUCCACCUACAGCCUGGCACAGUGGUAUCACGACCUGCUGCUGCGCUGUCGAGAGCUUGACAGCUGGACUCAGGAUCUGGCUCUGCCCAAUGUGGUGUGGCUGUCUGGCCUCUUCAACCCUCAAUCAUUCCUCACUGCUGUGAUGCAGAGCUUGGCCAGGAAGAAUGAGUGGCCUCUGGAUAAGAUGAACCUGACUGUGGACGUCACCAAGAAGUUCAAGGAGGAGUUCAACCAGCCUGCCAGAGAGGGAGCAUAUGUCUACGGACUUUACAUGGAGGGUGCACGCUGGGACAUCCAGGGCGGGAACAUCACAGAGGCUCGCCUGAAGGACCUGACUCCCAGCAUGCCUGUGAUCUUUGUGCGGGCGAUGCCCAACGACCGCCAGGAGACGCGCAACACCUAUGAGUGCCCCGUCUACAAGACCAAGCUCCGCGGCAACACCUACAUCUGGACCUUCAGUCUCAAGACCAGGGAGAGGCCCGCCAAGUGGGUCCUGGCAGGAGUGGCCCUGCUGCUUAGUGUAUGAGAGAUAGAGAGAUGGAGAGACAGGGGGAGGGUGGGAGAGAG